UUUAAUAAUUGUUAAUAGCCUGGUUUCAACACAGGCUAUAGGCUAUAAAAGUGUAGAAGCUCAGAUGGCUUCGGUUGCCGGCCUCCUAAGCCUUUUGGGCCCCGCGGUGGCUGGUCGCCCGAGGAGAGAGCAGAAACCCUGCACCCGGCGCUGGUGAACUGGCAUUUUGGCGCCCCUCCGUGGCUGAACCACUAGCCAAAAGUCCCUAAGAUGAAAAAAGCAUCGUCCAUUACAGUAUGUUUAAUUGUUGUCUACAUGUUUUAGGAUACAAACAACAGCCGCAACUGGCUCGUUACCGUCCUUUUUUCCACUGCCAGAAGACGAGACGUUGACAGGCCAUGACGGCGGCCUCGAUGCGACUACAUAUCACUCCUUUCACCCCUGAUCUCCUCCAAGCAGUGGUCGGCCCGCGUUUACUCGAUCAGGUCUCUGGUGUGUCGUAUCACACGAUCCAAACAUUUCCGGAGAAUAGCUACGGCUACCUCGAGCUGCCCACGAUGGAAGCAGAAAAAAUCAAGAAGAAACUGAAUGGAGCUAUCCUGAAGGGGAGGAAGAUCAAAAUCGAUGAAGCGCGGCCGAACAAACGCAGGCGGCUAGAGUCGCCAACAGAGGAACCGCCCAAACGAAGAUCUGCCAUCAGCGCAAAUCCAGCCAAGAAGGACCGCAAUGUCCUCGCAGGUCACGAGCUGCCCUCAGAUCGCAAAGUCAAGCGUGGCUGGACAGAGGCCAACCCUGUCAAGGCAGGGAAAAAGACCAAGGGGAGGGUUUCGUCCUCCACUUCCAAGUACACAGACAAGAAUGAACUUCUAUUUCGAACGAAGUUGCCUCCGAACAAGGCCGAGUCGGGGAAGAAGGUGAAGGCUAAGAAAGGUUCCGGGCAGCAUGUGGUACACGAAUUUGAGCAUGCUACAAUACAGCCGUCCUUCCUCCGACAGGAUGGCACUACAGGUGCUAAAAGGCAAUUGGAAUAUGUCGAGGGACGCGGCUGGGUUGAUGAGUCGGGCGAGGUCGUUGAAGCUGAAAGCGGGCGGGCUCAGAUGAAGAGAGAGGUGCUUCUGCGGCAGGUCAGCACUCAUGAAGAUAACGCCCACUCCUCCGGGAGCUCGUCGGCUGCUUCCACCUCCACCUCUACCUCGUCCUCUGAUGAAGAAGAUGAAGUAGUCGGCGGCCAAGAUGAGGAUGAAACAAGCAGUUCUGGAUCCUCUUCUGAUUCCGAUUCGGACGACUCUACCAGUGUCAGCACGGCGGAGGAUGACAAAGUACCUUCGGUUGUAGCAAGCGAUCCGGAGCCCGCCGCCCCAGCUGAAGUCCAUCCUCUUGAAGCGCUGUUCAAAAAGCCGAACAAGCCCGCUUCCCAGGAUGUGGCGAAACCAUCUCUAGAAGUUGCAACCACCUUCUCAUUUUUUCAAGCGAGCAAUGAGGAGGAUGUCGAUGAAGGCGCUAGCAUCCCGGGCACGCCGUUCAGUUUACAGGAUAUGCGCUUUAGAGGUCUGCGGAGCGGAGCACCCACGCCGGACACGGCCUACCCAAGUCGGUUCAACAGCUAUGGCAGUUCUGGCUUGCCCGGUGAUGAGGAACUGGAGGAGGACGAGGACGAGGACGAGGACGGCGCAGACGAUGAUGCCGCUUCUGCUGCGGCUCUGGAUGCCCAGAAACAUCUCAUGGAGACGCCGUCUCGAAAGCAGAGCGAGUUCGAGAAGAAGUUUUGGCAAAACCGCGGAGACAACAAUCGAGCAUGGAAGCUGAGGAGGAGAAGUGUGUUGAAGGAGAAAAGGCAACGCGAGAACAAGGCACGCAGACCAAAGAACUGGUGAUCUACCACUUAGUAGGCGAGACUGGCCACAUGGGGCGAGCUGAUUAUAGCUGUUUCUCGAUAAGAUCAACACUUGAUAUAAAUCCAUAUUUGAAGUUUCGAAUGACUACCUGCUUUGGGUAUUCCACGAGCCGAGAAUGCGGACGCAAAGCUGUGGUCCAGUUGUACUACCGAUACGCGGAUUACUUGUCUACUACCAGAAAGGUAUCUAGUAGAUAUGUAUACCGUUCAAGUUCCCUGCGGUGCCAAUGGCUGAGCAGCGCUCACAGCUGAGUGAGUUACAACAUUUGUAGUAGCAGCCACCUACGUGGCCACUUUGGAGUUAGGUAAUCCUCG